UUGUUUAUAGUUUUAAUUAGAUCUCUGGUUAGAUUCUAUACAAAUCUCCACCGUCUUGAUUCUUAAUUAUUAAAAUUCAUUGUGUUUUGGAAUCCGUAGAUUUAUGGCCAAGCCAUCCCCCAACUUUUAAUGUUUGCUAUUUUCUUUUCAUAAUAUUCAUAUUUUUACGCUGUGAAAAUUCUUCGUUUCUGACUAUUAGUUUAUUUAGAUUUAUUGCUGAGCCAUUUCCCAGCUUUUGAUGUUUGAUAUCUUCUUUCAUAAUGUGAUAAUACAUGAAGUUCCUAAUGAGUUGAGCGGCUGGCAGAUAAAACUCAAUGAGAGAAGACAGAAGCUGGAGAAGAGAAGAGUGAGGUUCAAGUUGUGCUCCUUGGACAAGGACUUGGAGAUUUUUUAUCUGAAUCCUCACCAAUGUAAGGUCUCUGAACCACAAGUGUACAGGUUCUGCUGAGUACACAAGUAUAAGAUAUCUUGAGAGCUCAUCAGGGGUAAGUUCUGAGAACAAGAGAAGACAUUUCUUAUGUCUCUACAACAGAUUUAAUGUUUAACUUAUGCUCUAAAUUGUUCCAAGAAUCAAGUUUGGGUCUAGAAAAACGAGACAGAAACAUUCAAUACCUGAAAUAAGAGCAGGAGCAACCAAGUCAUGUCUCUGUUCUAGAGAGGAUACGUCUGGAAGAAGAAACAGUAGAAGAGAAGAUUAGAUUGCUAUCUUUUCAUGAUUCAUGAAUCUUCUAGAGAAGGACUCAGUUCACAGGUUUGUGAAGAAAGUUCUUGAAGCUUCAAGACUGAACUGGACUAAUAUCAUGGCAAGAUGCAACGAAGAAACAUCACUACUUAACGAAUUCUCACACGGCGAUCACAACAAGGACCUGAUUCACGAGACGCUGAGACGUUUCGACUGGGGUUUACUCUGCUGUGACACUCCAAGAACGUUGGAUCAGAUCAUUGAGACUGAUGUGGUAAAGCCAUCAUAUCUUUGGUCGGGUUUUGGUGGUGAAGCUGAAGGUGGAAGUAGCCAGGCGCAGAUAGCAUCGGAGAAGGUGAAGAAAGCACGCAAUGCAUAGGUGAAAGAGGAUUGGAGUUCAAGACGCAGUUUUUUUUUAAUGCUUAAGUCGUUUAUGCUGGUUUUUUUCCCUUUUCUGGUGUUUGUUUUAUGAACAAGUUUGACUUUCACUCUUUGCUACUUCUAUAAUUUUGGUUUUUUAAUACCAAAUAUAAAAUAUAUCUCAUUUCAGAAA